AUGCUGCUUUCUUAUGUGACCUUUGUUGCAGCAUUUGCAAGUGGCAUAUUCUCCACUGCAAUAGAUCCAGUCAGCUCUGAUUUUGGGAUCUCCAAAGAGACCUCGACCCUGGGGGUAACUCUAUUUGUUGUAGGCUUCGCAUCCGGCCCAGUACUAUGGGCCCCAACAUCUGAGCAGAUUGGCCGUGAGUGGCCGAUCAAAAUCGGUAUGCUUGGUUACAGCAUUUUCAGUACGGCCACAGCGACAGCAAAAGACGUGCAGACUCUGAUGAUCUGCCGCUUCUUUGCGGGACUCUGUUCGGCGAGUCCGGUCGCAAUCGUCCCCGCAUGCUUUGCCGAUAUCUUUGACAGGCAAUACAGAGUGACUGCCAUCACUGCCUUCGCGAUGGCUGUCUUUGCUGGUCCAUUCAUGUCGCAGGUAGUUGGUGGGUUUAUUAUUAUGAAUCCUAACCUUGGCUGGCGUUGGACCAUGUACGUAUCAGCCAUCAUGGGAUGGGCGGGGACCAUAUUGCUUUUCUGUUUCCAAGACGAAUCUUAUGCCCCGGUACUUCUGGUUCAAAAAGCCAAGAUCAUUCGGCAGAAAACUGGAAAUUGGGCAAUACAUGCCAAGCAUCAAGAACAUGACUUGAAUUUGCGAGGUCUCGUCGUUCAGAUCCUAGGUCGACCAUUUCGCAUGCUUUUCACUGAGCCGAUUGUUCUACUUGUCACUUUAUACAUGUCUUUUGUCUACGGGUUGAUGUACGCCUUGCUUGGGGCCUAUCCACUCAUCUUUCAAGGCGUACACAAGAUGAACGCCGGGCAUGGUGGCCUGCCAUUCUUGUCGUUGGUAGUUGGAGAGAUAAUUGGUGGAAUAUUUACACUUGCAGAGCAGCAGGCCCAACAAAGGCCAUCGAAUAAUACUCAACGAGAUCUGGCACCGGAGAGAAGACUUCUUUCAGCCGCCAUAGGUGGAACGGUCUUUGCAAUCGGUGUCUAUUGGUUAGGAUGGACAGGAUACAAUCAGUCCAUACAUUGGAUGGCCCCAACGGCCUCUGGGGUCUUCAUUGGAUUUGGGAUCAUCUGUAUCUUUCUUCAGUUCAUAAAUUAUUUGGUGGAUAGCUACUUGAAUCUAGCUGCUUCUGUACUCGCAGCGAAUACGAUAUUCCGUUCCGCUGUCGCGGCUUCCUUUCCACUAUUUUCACGACAAUUAUUUGAAAAUCUAGGGAUCCAGUGGGGUGGAACACUUCUAGGCACCUUGGCCUUAUUGAUGAUACCGAUACCAUUUUUGUUCAUGAAAUACGGGGCCUAUCUUCGGGGAAAGUCGAAAUAUCUUUCUUAG